AUGCUGCGAGAUGGACGUCGCGUUCAUCGGUCUGCUGUGCCCUUUUCCAUAUUGCCAGACUGGCCACAAUGGCAGUUUUUAAGCAACAGUAUCAAAUUGAAACCCCUGGAGGUGUGCUUUGGUAGCUUUAAGCAGCGUCCUGCGAUUAUAACCUUUGUGUCUGCUGAUACCGUUGCAGUGUGCAAUAUUGAUGCCUGGCCAGAAGAAUCGCAAUUGAGUAUGACUUUCGAAGUCGAUCCUUCCAACCAAGAGCCCUGGAUUGUCGAACCAAGCUGGACAGACUCGUCAGUGCAGGUUGAUCUAUGUCAGAGCAUUGGGGUUGAUGUUUUAAGAACCAGGUACUUGGAUACAGUAUUUGGUGCUCCUAUUGAGCUGUUUACAAAAUCUGUGCUGUCAAGAGCAAGAGCUGGAUUCACAAAUACGGACCAAUUCGUAGCCAAGCUGAAAGAACUGUGCUCAACACCGGAAGAACUCGAUAACCGGUAUGCUGAUUUCAAUAAUCUUCCCCCAGAGUAUCAAGCUAGACUCAAAGAAAGCCAGGAAUCGGAUAGAACCAGUCUAGAUGACGAGCUAAAGGAGCUCCUAGUACGUGAAACACGCGUCCAAGUCGUUGUGUUGUUAGAGCUGGAAUCGAUUUCUCCACAAUUUGCUGAUCUGCUAACAACCCACUUCCAACGGUUAUGUAUUUGGCAGGCGAUUGGGGGUGGAGAGAAUGACGAAGUGCUGCAGUUUUGUUCUCAGGUUGUUAUUCCUUUCUACCGAUCUCGACUGCCUGAUCGCACGAGACAACUGGCUAAAAUCAGCCGCGGAGUCGUAUACGCGCACCAGCGCCCACGACUCAAAAGAAGACCGAUCAAGCCUACGCGUAUUGCAGCUGGUCAAGCGGCUGCACAAAAAGCUUUUCAGAAGGCCUUCAAGUCUUCCCAUGGUGAAACUGAGGAAACCAAACAAAUCGAGCAACCUAAAGCAACACCAAGCAUUGCAAAACGGUCUGUAUCACGCAGCAUGCUUGCUCAUGAAAAAAGACAAGUCCAAGUUUCCUUUGGGCGGCCCCAGAACCAGGCCUCCCCACCUCCACCCUCGCUUCCUCCUCUAUCAAGAGCAAUGAUCACAAAAGCCGCAAGACCGAAGACUACAUCACAGGUUCUUGUGCAGGCUACCCCGACAAAAAAUCGCACUGUCAAUUUGCCUAAAGAAGCAGUGCCGUUGGAUUUCGGCGAGGCCAUUGACAGCACGGACGACGACAACGACAACUAUUAG